UUUAAAAUGUGUUAUAUAAUAGUGUUUGUUUAUAAAUUUUGUUUUUCGGCACCUUUUUAAGUUAUAACAUUGUACCAUUUUUGUACCAUACAAGUAUUAUUAUGAAUAGUUUGGAUGAAAACGUAGAAGUUAUAAGCUUGAAAGGUGAUGCCAGCAAUGAAGAAUCUAAUGAAGUAAAAGAUACUUCUUUCAUGAAAGAGAAGCUAACAACGCCGGAUCAGAAAAGACUUCCUGUUCCACCUCCGAGACGAAGACUGCCUGUGAGACAAGAUGAUUGGUGUGGAACUGACGAUGAGAUCCCUUCUACACCGAGAGUUGAUCAGCAGCAGCGCUUGGUUCUUCCUCACUUAGAAGUGGAUCGUCUGAGCCGAGGUUCGGUGAGUGUAGGGAGUCGUCGACAGUCCGUCGGAGGAGCGAGUGUUGGAAGUCUCACCUCCCAGUCUGACAACCGCUCAUACAGGGAGCGGCUGCGCGAUCACAUCCAGUCUGUCAAGGAGCAGGCAGGGUCUUCGGUUGCUGCUGCAAAUGCUCGUUUGAGGCACAACUUGAAAGUAAAGUCUCCAGUAAUCAGUAACUUUCAUGAUCUUCUCAACAGAGAAGAGAGUGAAGUUGAAGCUGCUUUAGAAAAACAUGGAGAAAUGCGCAAGAAAUGGAAGAAUGCGGUUCAUGCAUCUUUGGAGGCAGAAACUGCUCACAAUUUCUUUACCAAGGAGUGGGAGGACGAAGACUCAAUCAAGGAUACCCCUGCUUCCCCUAAGGAAGGGGACAUUGAAGAAAGUGAGGGCGAAGAGACAAAGCUGGUGACGAAGGAUUACCUCGGCCUGACAGAUGAUUGGCAGCAGGUUGACUGUUAUGUCGAACCAACCAUUGAAGACCUAACGUUGAGAUUACACCAAGAGAACCAGGUCUACUACUACCCUUCUGAUCAGCCUCCAAGACUGGAAGACAAGCUAGGACCUGAUCGAGAGCCUCGGUACAUAGAGGACGAGGGAUUAUAUGUCAGUCCAAAACCAGUAUGGUCAGCAAAGUCCUGCAAUAAACUGCAACAUCGUUUGAUCACAGAAGGACGUAGACAUUGGUUUGGUGAUGAUGGAGAGCUGAAGACAGUUCUGGGGCCGGACUCAGACCAAUCCUCAGACCCUCUUUUGGUUCCUGUCUACAAAAAUGCUGAGUUGAUGAGUUUGUCAGAGCCAGAAGUACAGACAGAGCCAGUCUACAAACAGAAAUACCUGCUAGAGCUAGAAGUGUCCUGUGUGGUAUGGCACCACCAUCCUCUGUGUAGUAUAGAACACGUAGCAGCUCAUAAACUACAAGUGUGUUACCAGCAGUAUAGUGGACGUUUACAUGCUGGAUUCAGUCGAAGACUUGCAAGUAAGCUCGAGGCCUUGCGCACCGCCAGGGACAACUUCAGAGAUGCAGGAGAUGUUGAAAGAUUUGAGAGAUACAAAACCCAAGUUAAAGAAACUAGAGGAAUGAGACUAGAGGAGGGCAAGAAAGAUCGUCUCGCAAUCGUCAACUGUCUCAAGGCUUGGCUGGAACUGAGAAAUCUACGAGCGCAGCAGGGAUACACGGUGACAUCUGUCAAACUCAGUAUUGUCGAGUUAGAUGACGACAGAGAAGACGUACUUUGUGGGGAUCCUGCUGAGUGGGACUCUGAACUCAAAUGUCAACUUGAAGAAUAUUUUGAAGAGGAGGAAGAAGAAUAUGAGAGGAAAGUUAAGGCGAUUCAAGAAGAGUUACCAGAUAAAGAGGCAGCUAAGACGAUUGUCCGGAAGUCCCCGUCUGAAAUCCUGGAGGAGGUGAGAGGAAGGAUGACGGAGAGUUUGAGACCUCCCGGAGAACCUGUGAUAGCCUUGGAGCUGGGAGACGAGCAGGUUACUCCAGAGACGGAGAUAACGGACCACAGAGAGUUGGAGAGAAGACAAGCUCUAAAGCAAUGCCAGCUCAACAUCAAGGUUUUAUUUAAUAAUCAGGUGGUGUGCAGGUCUAGGCCUCUCUCACUGUACCCUCACUUCUGUGCCUCGCUCAACCAGGUGUUCACGCUGCAGGUGACAGAGUGGCCGCAGUCUAUUGUACUACAGUUGGUAGCACUGGGAGGUCUAGGUGCAGGGAAGAGACUCACUGCCUCUGUGUUUGUCCCUGUACCACCAAGGAACCUGUCCCUGUCAGCUGCACCCGUGGACAUGUUGGAGUUCAACUCCCCUGACAAGCUGAGUGGAUACCAGCACGCAGGAGUGGGGUGUGGGAGGGAGUUGUAUGCGGGGGGGAGAGUUACGUACAGGGCUGGGUGGGGGAGCAGCGGGGGACCUCCUCACGGACCCUCCAACCUCAGAGGGUCUCGUAGAAGAGUCAACAGCGUUAGCAGUAUGAGAGAAUGGGCUGUCAGAGCACAACUAGACCCCAACGAUCCUGCCAACGCUGACCUGUUUGACUACAUCAAGGUUGAAGAUGCUAAAGAGAAAUCAAAACCAGACACAAAGAGUUUGCCCGAUGGAGAUUUUUGUACAAUGGAAGAGAUAGAAAACAAUCCACGACUGAAGCUAUUGACCUUGAGAAACAACGCAGUGCCGGAAUUCAGAGACAUCCGUAACAUUCCCUUGAGAGAUAGAGAAAUACCUGAUGAUAUAUUUAAGGUGUAUGAGAAGCGUACCCAGUCGCCCUUGCGCACUGGCCCGGGAGUGGGGGAGACACAGCUGGAGUGGCAGAGGGAGUGGAGCAGACAACAGCUGGCUGUGAUGAGGGAUGACAUUGUGCAGCACUGCAGACAGACACAGCAACAACACUUGCUGCGGGAGGUGGUUAUGGAGGAUCAGGUGCCGGACAUUGGCACAUUGGGGUUGACGUUUAUGAAGUGGCUGCAGCCCAAGCGUCCUCUUCGUCCUACAAGGAAGGAGAGGAAAAAACUCCCAGUUAUGGGACUGGUGGGCCAGGAGGUUGAGGUGAUAGUGAAUGUAGUCCGUGCGUUUGAGGUGCCAGUGAGGAUGGACGUGGAUCCCCUCCUAGAGGACGGUAUCUCGCUGGUGCCUGUCCGACCGUUCGUCGAGGUCAGCUUCCAAGGUCGCAAGAGCCGCACUACUACAGCCGAGGGAGCCAACCCUACGUGGAAUCAGGAUCUUCGCAUCCCUGUCAAGCUGCCAACCUCAGGACUGUACGAGAUGCAAGACAAGUUGUACUGCCAGCUGUAUGACGAGACAGUCGUGGACCUGCUAGAGGACGAUCGUCAGAGAGAGACAAACAUUCACCAACGACUGCAGCGGCAGUGGCUCGGCUCACUGAACAUUCCGUUCUCCUCCCUCUUCUCCAACCAUAGAAUUGAAGGGACGUUCCAGCUAUACUCGCCUCCAGUGCUGCUUGGAUAUCAGCGAGAGUCGCAACAUCGACAGAUAACUUCAGCCUCUGCGACAGCCGUCACUAGUGGUCUGCGAGACAGUACGUUCCUCACUCUCUUCAUCACGGUGCAUCCCCCCCUCCACCCACCAGAGCCAUUCAAGGAGCGCCUGCCGUGCAGUGAGAUGCCCUACCUAGAGCAGCACCUUGAGCAGUGGCAGGCGCAAGUGGCCAGUCAGUUCCCUCACAGACCUGUCAAGUGUCUUGUCGUCGACACUUCCGCAAAGUCUGUUUGUGUCACGAGGUUCUUCCAGUCUCUCGCACCUCCAGUGUUCGAGGAGGGAGUGGCCACUACCCCAGAGAUGGUGGUGAGGUUUGUCUCCAAGAUCCCGAUGGUGCCUGGCAGUAUGUUGUUCCCGGGACUGUUCGAUGUCUGGCUCACAGCUCAGCAAGUGGUGACACUACUGUCAGGUGACUGUGAGGACCAUGCAGUGUUGCUGUGCUGCUACUUGCUACACCUCGGGCUGCGGGUGUGGCUGGUGCUCGGUUCAGGUGUCCCUCACGGGUCCAUGGCGAUGGUGCUCACCCGGGACCCAAACUCCGGGUGUUACACUCUCUGGGACCCAGCCACCAGUCACCACUACGACACCCAGGACUCCUUCUGUCCCCUUCACCGGGUCUACUGCCUCAUCAACCAGGACAAUAUAUGGGCCAACAUUCAGCGGGAAGAGGUGGUGAGUCGUACAAGGUUUGAUGUGAGCCGGCGUGGGGACUGGUGGCCGGCCUUCAACCGCAGUGUGGCGGCGCCGAUUGGCUCAGUGCAGCCGGCACAGCUGGAGUACUCAGUGUCACCAACUCUAGCCACUGACGUGUCCCUUCUACAGGACAAACUCGAGAAAACCUUGAGAGACUCUAUCACUAAGUGGCGGCCGACCACCAGGACAGUGUGGAACCGUUAUGUGACAGUAAAGCUACGAAAGCUGCUGCCUGGGCUGGAGAAGGCUACAUGGAACAGCAGCAUGUCUCUGUCAUCAGAACACAUCAGUCAACUGACUCAGACACUCACCAGCCACAAGAUGUGUGGUUUCACACAGAAUUUCUCCUUUACAACAAUUGAUGAGAUAGUGGAUGCUGUGCGGGCGACGGGUAUCCAUACCAAUGAGGACCCUGACGUUGAGUUUGCGCUUGCUGUCUACGUUCAUCCGUUUGUCUGUGGAGUUUUGUCUAUCUGGGUAUACGUCACAUCACUCACACUCCGCAGAUGAACUGUAUUUCAACUUUAUUUUAAUUUUAAUAUUUAUACUUAGAAAGUACUGUAACUUCAAAAAUAUGGUCCACUUUUAAAAAGUUGAAAAUUUGUAUCAUAUAUGUAAGGAGUUUUUGUGAAAAACUUUGUUUCGAGCUCAACUUUCAGUAUGUGUGUCGUAAGAAUUUUGCAAAAUACAUUGUUAAUGGACAAUAAUUGUAUAUUAUAAUAAAACCAGAUUAUCUUGAACUGUAGCUAAAAGUCAAGAUUUUAAACCACUCGAAAAUAUCUACUAAAAUGUAAUACAUGUUGACUAAUCAUACAGCAAGGUUAUUAAUGUAAAACAGAGAACAGCUUAUAAUAGAAGAAUAACUAGAGAAUUAUACAAUAAGG